AUGAAGAUAAUGAUCAACGAGACAUGGCGCGUCGAUUACAGGAUCGGUAAAGGCGGUUUUGGCCUCGUCUACGCAGGUACUGAUAUUCGCACCAACGAAGGUGUUGCAAUGAAGUUGAUGCAUCAUCGAAAAGAAUGCGACAUGCUCCAGGACGAAGCAAACACUUACCAAGCUCUUUCUGGUGGAGUUGGGAUCCCUCAAGUGCUGUGGUUCGGCCGCCAGGAUGACUAUUACGUUUUGGUUCAUACGCUUCUCGGCCCAUCCCUGGAGGAUCUAUUGAAUUACUGCGGUCGUCGCUUAUCACUCAAGACUGUCCUCCUUAUCGCGGAUCAGGCAAUUUCUCGGGUCGAGUACAUUCAUUCCAAAGGAUUCCUCCAUCGCGAUAUCAAACCAGACAAUUUUCUCAUGGGAGUCGGCGGGCAAGGCAAUCUAUUGUACACCAUCGAUUUCGGCUUGGCGAAGGAGGUUCGYAAUAGAGAGACAGAUCGAGCGCAAGGAACAGGUCGUCCCUUCGGCGGAACUAGGCGAUAUGCGAGCCUCAAUAACCACAAUGGACUCGAGCAGUCAUGGAAUGAUGAUCUAGAGUCUCUAGGAUAUGUACUUGUCUACUUGUCACGGGGUGAGUUGCCCUGGCAAGGCUUACGAGCGGCAACGAAAGGAGAAAAGGACGAUCUAGUCAAAGAGAAGAAGAUCAACACUCCGGUAGAAUCGAUUUGUGAGGGCUUGCCAGAGGAAUUCGUCGCGUUUAUCAAGUAUACCAGGUCACUUGCGUUCCACGACAAGCCUGACUAUGCCCAUCUACGCCGCCGUUUCCGUCGCUUGUUCAAAUCCAGGGGAUUUGCAUACGACAACGUAUAUGACUGGACUGAGAAGCGGUUUUAUGAGAUGCAGAGUCAAGCACCCGACGUCUCAGAGUCAGUGGAGGAUUAA